AUGGAGAGGAAAUUAACUCGUGAGGAUUUUAUGCGGAAGAGUUUUCGCGCACCCCGUGUGUCGCCCGCUCCUGAAUCACCGACCGCGACUGUCAAUGGCGCACCGCCACCCUCGCCGGUUUCCUUAGCCAUGCUGGAACGAACUCCUCAACCACGCGCCGAGUACGAGCUGACGUCUUCAGGCAUCGCCCCGAAACGCUUGGAACUAAACAGAGCUCAUCCAAUACACCUUAAAUCGUUCCAAGCGACCGACCCACCCGAAGAAAAUAACCCUACCCCACCUUCAGACGAUGUUUUACGCAAAUUGGAAAGGCAAAUCGGCGAAAUGGAGCGCGGCCUCGAACGAGCUCAGAAUGGAACCGUUCAAGUCGAUGAACGAGUGAGGUACGCUGAGCACGAAAAUCUUUUACGUACGGGCGUGUCGUCGGUGGGUGGCGGGGGAUACUUGCCGGCUGAUUCGGACACGGAGCACGAUGUGGUGCCGUUCAAUAGGAAUGAGAGUACGCGCAGCAGUACCGGAGCCGCUGCCCCGGCGGCACGGCCGGCUACUAGACUGUCCCGAACAAACUCCGACACCCAGCAACACUCGGUCGCCGUCACCGCUCGCUUGAUGAGGAAGCUUGCGGACGGUGGCACGAAGGAUGAAAAAACGAAGGUUAUAUCGAGGAAAGCAAUACAAGCUCGGAUGGAGAGGGUUAAAAACUCUGUAGUCGGGACGAAGCACGAGCACAGGGUGCUGGCGGAACACAGGGCCGAACCGGUAUCCCCGAAAAGCCCCAAAUCGCCUGUCUCGUCGCGCUCUUCAACACAGAGUGCGUCGGAGACUUCGGCGGGUACGGGAGGCGGUGGCUCGUCUGGAGGUAGUGCCCGAGUUUCAUCGAGGUCCAGGGCCUCUGAGGAACCGCAUAUUGGCAAGUACAAACUCCUGAAGACAAUCGGGAAGGGUAACUUCGCGAAAGUGAAGCUAGCGAAGCACGUCCCCACCGGCAAAGAGGUCGCGAUCAAGAUCAUCGAUAAGACACAGCUCAACCCUGGCUCCUUGCAGAAAUUAUUUAGAGAGGUACGGAUAAUGAAGAUGCUCGACCACCCCAACAUCGUGAAACUGUUCCAAGUUAUAGAAACUGAGAAAACUCUGUACCUUGUCAUGGAGUACGCGUCUGGAGGCGAGGUGUUCGACUAUCUAGUGCUUCACGGUCGUAUGAAAGAAAAGGAAGCCCGCGCGAAAUUCAGACAAAUCGUCUCAGCCGUACAGUACUGCCAUCAGAAGAGGAUCAUACACAGGGAUCUCAAGGCUGAAAAUCUACUACUCGAUGGCGAAAUGAACAUUAAAAUAGCGGAUUUCGGUUUCUCAAAUGAAUUCACACCCGGAGCAAAGUUGGACACUUUCUGUGGUUCACCGCCCUAUGCGGCUCCUGAGCUAUUUCAAGGCAAGAAGUACGACGGUCCAGAGGUAGAUGUAUGGUCGUUGGGAGUGAUCCUGUAUACUUUAGUAUCGGGAUCUUUACCUUUUGACGGAUCAACCCUGAGGGAGCUUAGAGAAAGGGUGUUACGUGGGAAAUAUAGGAUACCGUUCUACAUGUCGACGGACUGCGAGCACCUGCUGAAGAAGUUCCUGGUGCUGAACCCCGCCAAGCGCGCGUCGCUGGAGAGCAUCAUGCGCGACAAGUGGAUGAACAUGGGCUACGAGGACGACGAGCUGCGGCCCUACGUCGAGCCGCAGCAGGACUUCAAGGACCACAAGCGGAUAGCGCAAGUUGAGGCGCUCGUGUGCCUUGGUUAUAAUCGACAAGAGAUCGAGUACUCGCUCGCAGAGGCGAAGUACGACGACGUAUUCGCGACCUACUUGCUACUCGGCAGGAAGAGUACUGACCCGGAGUCGGACGGCAGCCGGUCCGGCUCGUCGCUGUCGCUCCGGAACGCGGCCGCGCCCGGACAGCCGCCGGCCGCGCAGGCGGGCAACGCGCACGGGGGCUGCGCGUCCCCGUCGCACCGCGGCGUGCAGCGGAGCAUCUCGGCGAGCGCGCGCCCCGCCGCCUCGCGCCGCGCCUCCUCCGGCGCGGAGGUGCUGCGCGCGCAAGUCGGUACGACCACUAGCGCUGCGAACAAUACGACAUCGACUGCCACAACAACAACGUCCAACUUUAAAAGACAGAAUACAAUUGACUCAGCAUCCAUUAAGGAAAAUACGGCAAGGAUUGCACAGAUGCAGGUACAAAACACAACGCGGCCGACGAGCGCCCAACCGAAACUGGAACCCAGAUCUCGUACACUGACCGGCGGGACGCGAAGGACCGAAGCGCACCAAACCGCGCAUCAAACCGCGCACCAAACCGCGCACCAAACUGCACAUCAAAAUGCACCUAAGUUGUCGCCGCCGCACGAUACACCGGGCACGCAAGCGGGACAGGACAGUAAGAGUACCGGUAACGGCACGACGGGUAAUGUCGGAACCGGUACCGGUAAUACCGGUAAUGUCGCUAAGACGCACGUGAAGAGCGCGUCGAUAUCGUCCGCCAGCGGAGCCCCAACGCUGGGGGCGGAACCCCACAACGCGUCGGCGCGGGACCUUGCACAGCCGAGACCGAGUCUGAACUCGACAUCGUCGACGGUGGGUGCGACCGGAGCCCCGAACUCGGGAGCUGCUAGACGGGACUUCGCCAACCCCUCUGCGAUCUUCCCCAACCCCUCCGUCGUGUUCCCCCGGAACGUGCCCUCGCGGUCCACCUUCCACUCAGGUCAAACUCGAUCGCGUGGUGGUAGUGCUGGUGGCGCGUACGGCGAUAGUGGGUCCCCGCACCAACCGAGGACAUCCUUCUUCUCCAAGCUCUCCUCGCGCUUCUCCAAGCGACUAUCAGUGUUGGGCGAGUCGGCCGGACGGCAGAAACCGCGAAUUUUUUCCUCCUUGGACAUACAGCGGAGGCCUAUCGACGGUACCACCCCGAAGCAUGCCGUAGGCGCUAGUCCGCAAGCCCUCCUUGGACAGGGGACUGAGGAGCAAGUAAAGCCACGGGUUUUGCGCUUCACAUGGAGCAUGAAAACCACAUCGUCAAGAGACCCGAAUGAGAUCAUGGCUGAAAUACGAAAGGUGCUAGAUGCAAACAACUGCGACUACGAACAGCGAGAGAGGUUCCUACUACUCUGCGUACACGGUGACCCCAACGCUGACUCCCUUGUUCAGUGGGAGAUUGAGGUGUGCAAGUUGCCGCGACUUUCUCUGAACGGAGUGCGCUUCAAGAGGAUAUCUGGAACGAGCAUCGGCUUCAAGAACAUUGCCUCGAAGAUCGCCAACGAGCUCAAGCUGUGA